UUGCCUAUCACACUUUCGCUGUUUUCGCCGAAUUUUGGCCACUUUUGCGGUUUUGGGGGAUAUUUUAGUUAUUCGCUUUUAAUUUCUGUGAUUUUCGCUUCGUUUUUUGUUUCUGUUUCGGUUUCAGCUGGAAAAACAUCGAUGUUGCUAUCGGUGCUAUCGAUACGUGCUCGAUUUCCCACAGUUCCAAAAUGUACACAAUCGGUAACAAGGGUCUAAUUUUGCCGCAAAUAUUUUAGCUGAAUUAUAACUGGUAACACUCCAUAAGUAUAAUCUGGUAACAUUGCAGAAGUAUAAACUGGCAACACUAUGACGGAUUUGUUUUUGUUUUUCCCUGUCCACUAAUUGGCUUCGCGUACCGGUAGCAAUGAAAAUAUUUGCUAACCUGUGGAUUUUGGCGGUGUUAUUGGUUCCAUUGGCUGCCACUGCCACGUCCUCUCCCAGGGCUGGCCAGGCGACCAUCAGAGAGUGCCCCGGCCGGAGUGUGCCUCAGAUCCGAGCAGAGGCGGAUGACUACGAGAUCUCUCUCAUUCUCUACUACGUGUCCUGGGCAAGUGAGGCACGACAGGCGCGCCGGGUUUAUAAUGACCUGACGCCCUACUACCAGGAGUAUGCCUUCUUCGGGGCGAUUGAUUGCUGGCACCUGCUUUGCAAUUGUAGCCGCACUCUGCAGCCCGCUCCCGGAGUCGUGGGCGCCGGCGGCUAUCCGGACAAGUGGCCCACGCUGGUGGUGCGCUACGGCCAGAAGCAGAUACUGCAGUACCAGGGCGUGUGGAACUUUGAGGACCUCGCCCGUUUCAUGAACUACCUCAUCCAACCGAUUGAUCGGGCUCACAGCAGCCAGGAGUUGGCGACCAUUAGGAAGCACUCGGAUGCCGUGGUGUUGGGCCUGCUAGAGUCGCCAGAUCAAGGGGAGUACAAGCGGUAUCUGGGAGCAGCUAUUCGCUGGCUGGAGCUGGACCCAGAGAUAAAUAUUCGCUUUGUCGUGAAUUUCGGAAGCAGUGCCAAGAAGAUGUUGAAGGCUCCGGACACUGCACUGCCCCAGUUGGUGGUCAUCGACAGUCGGAAUGCGGUGCACACGUUCAACAGCUCGUUGAGUGGCGGCUGGAAGACGCUGGACAUCCUGCGCUGGGUGCGCCACACUCUUAGGAACAUGUCGCUCUUCUCCAACGGCUACGGCACGCCUAUGAGAAUUGCCAUGAAGGCACGGCAUGUUCCCGUCCUGGCAAUGGGCGUACGGAUGAGUCAAAUGCCGCUGGUCAUGGGCGAUGAGAUAAGUGCGGCCCAGAGGAAGCAAGCGGAGACCUGUGAGGAUUACUGGAACAGAGUAGAGCAACAGGCGGAGGAGUCAUACUCGCUGCUCCAAGUGCCAAACGAAUUGUAUUGGGAAAGGGAGCAUGCCGAUCGAUGCUAUUCCGCUUGGCGCCGAACCAGAAGCACACUGGCUAACUACUAUCGGAUCAACAGGUACCUGAAGCAUCUGUGGACGCAGUACACCCACCAGAGUCACCUGAGAAAGCGUAAUGUGCCCCACCUGAUAAACCUGCACUCCAGAAACAUUUGUCUGGCGCACUCGAAUCACGGAACGCCGGCUAUGAAGAUUGGGAUUUCAAAAAUGGUUACCAAGUACGGCCAGCUAAUCUGGCAACAUUCGGCGGAACAGGCCUUCCACAAUCGCUCGCUGGGCGUGGUGAUCUUUGACUCAGUGAGAUACCGGGACUACCUGCAACAGCUGGGAAUACAACAGCAGCACCAGCACAUACAGGUCUUUAUCAUUGACGCGGCGGAGGAGUCACUGUACGUGAUGCCGCAGCAGCAGCAGCAUCUCUCCUUCUUGUAUGCGGCCCUCAAGGACUUUAUUCGGCAGUUUUAUGCCCGAACUCUGCCAAGGAUUCACAAGAACGCGUUGCCAUCGAUGGAUUCCGAAUUCAGCCGCAACUACAAUAGGCAAAUGCUGUUGCAUUCGCUUCAUCUACCGAAUGCCACCAAUGUGGUCUUCAUGUAUCGUCCAGACUGCGCUUUAUCCGCCGUAUUAUCGCAGGCCUUCCUGCAGGUUUCGGCCCUUCUCAGCAGCCCCGAGUUGCACUUCGUCCGGUUCGAUAGCCAAAACAACGAUCUACCCUGGGAACUGGCCAUGCCAAUCUCCCCCUCGCUGAUCGUUUUCCCGCAAACGAAACCCGCCGAAUCCGUGGUAUUCCCCACCGACGUGCGCAUAGAUGUACAAAGCGUCUUUGCCUUCGUUAUUGCCCAACUGGAGCCGGAGCAGCAGCUGCGUUCGGUCCUAACUAGCUGCCGACGGCGGACACGGAACGUUCGGAGCUGCCUGGACUUUGCACGCAACCUGGUACUGCAGCAUGUGAGCCAGUACCUUAAGUACUGGGAGAUUUAUGAACGGGAGCGGGACGCAAUUCUCUCCCACCUCAAGGAGUUCAACCACCUACACAUGGCCAUCGAGAGCAGCAUACGGUUAUAGCGAUAUCCCAACGAUUUAGACUCCUAGCUAGUUCUGAUAAUUAUUCCAGGCCAAGCAACGAUGCCUGCCCGCACGCUCCUCAACUGUAGCCAGUAAGCCCAAAGUUGUCUUUUGUUAAGAUAUUUAACACCCAUAGGGGAAGCUAUAAAUAAAUAAUAAAUUAAGUACAA